AUACCGUCAAUUAUUACCUGUCGUUGGGACUCAAGAAGGAGAAGAUGGUGAUGGGAGUGCCCUUCUAUGGCAGGGGUUGGACUCUCAUGAGUAAAGAUAAGCAUAACCUCCACGACAUUGCAAAGGGAAUGUCACCCGAGGGUUUCCUUGGUGGUGAGGCCGGAGUGUUGGGAUAUAAUGAGUUAUGUCAACUGGAACUCAAAGAUCCCUCGCAAUGGCACAACAUUUAUGACCCGUACUAUAGGGCGCCGUAUGCUUAUAACGACGAGAUAUUCAUUGGUUACGAAGACGUGGAGAGUAUUUCGUGCAAAAUCGCAUACUUGAAAUCCAUGGGACUGUCGGGUGGUAUGGUGUGGGCCCUCGAGAACGACGACUUCCUGAACAAAUGCGGGGGCGGGAAGUCACCCCUCAUGAACAAAAUGCACCGUAUGUUGAAUGGCGAUGAGAUCAAGUCGUUUGAGUGCAAAUUCGCGCCCACCCCUACACCACCUACCACUACCACCACCACCACUACUACCACUACAACUACAACAACUACCACAACACCUCCCCCCACGCCGUCAACUGGAUCAACCACAAGUCAUAAAGAUUUUAUGUGCAGUAAUUAUGGAUACAUGCCAUACCCUGGUAACCCCAAUAAAUACUAUCAGUGCGAGAAAAUUGGUGACGAGUGGUAUAUCCAUGAGAGGACUUGUGCUGAGAAGACAGAGGUAUGGGUUCAGGAGGAAUUGAGAUGCGAUUGGCCUAAACCACCCCCGGGUGACUAUUAA